AUUGCCGGUAGUGAGUGACUGUCCGGCAGGGCAGACGGCUAGAGUCACCUCCAACCUGCACUCUUCCAGCGGCACAAUGGCAGUCAGCAGAGUGCCGUCCCCACCGCUGCCAGAGGUUAACACACCGGUUGCGGAAAACUGGUGUUACACUCAGGUCAAAGUUGUUAAAUUCAGUUACAUGUGGACCAUCAACAAUUUCAGCUUCUGUCGGGAAGAAAUGGGUGAAGUGCUGAAAUCCUCCACAUUCUCCGCAGGUGCUAACGACAAACUGAAAUGGUGUUUGCGCGUCAAUCCAAAGGGCUUGGACGAGGAAAGUAAAGACUACCUCUCGCUCUACCUGCUACUAGUGUCCUGCAAUAAAUCCGAGGUGCGGGCAAAGUUCAAAUUCUCGAUACUGAACGCAAAACGGGAGGAAACGAAAGCGAUGGAAUCCCAGCGGGCGUACCGAUUCGUGCAGGGGAAGGACUGGGGCUUCAAGAAGUUCAUCCGGCGGGACUUUCUGCUGGACGAAGCGAACGGUCUGCUGCCCGAGGACAAACUCACGAUAUUCUGCGAGGUCAGCGUGGUCGCGGAUAGCGUCAACAUCUCCGGUCAGAGCAACAUCAUACAAUUCAAAGUGCCAGAAUGUAAACUAUCAGAGGAUCUGGGGAUCCUGUUCGACAAUGAGAAAUUCAGCGACGUCACGUUAGCGGUCGGUGGUCGGGAAUUCCAAGCACACAAAGCAAUCCUAGCUGCACGCAGUCCGGUGUUUGCGGCAAUGUUCGAGCACGAGAUGGAGGAGCGUAAGCAGAAUCGCGUGGCAAUCACCGACGUCGACCACGAAGUAUUAAAGGAAAUGCUCCGGUUUAUCUACACCGGCAAGGCACCCAACCUGGACAAAAUGGCGGAUGAUCUGCUAGCGGCGGCGGACAAAUACGCCCUCGAGAAGCUGAAAGUGAUGUGCGAAGAAGCCCUCUGUGUUAACCUCUCGGUGGAAACGGCCGCUGAGACGCUGAUUCUCGCCGACCUGCACAGUGCCGACCAGCUUAAGGCGCAGACGAUAGACUUCAUCAAUACCAGCCAUGCGACCGAUGUGAUGGAAACCGUCGGCUGGAAGAACAUGGUGACGACGCACCCGCAUCUGAUAAACGAAGCAUUUCGCGCCCUUGCCACGCAGCAGAUACCACCGAUCGGACCACCCCGCAAGCGGGUCAAGAUGAGCUGA